AUGAAGCCGGAAUUGAAGGAACAGGCUAUGGCAUCGCAAUCCUACGAUGAAAUCCUACGACUUUUUGAGCUGAUUGAACAUGCCCAAUCCCUCCCGGAGAAGCUAGAAGCUCGGAUGUCGGAUAAGAGAUUUAUUGCCGCGGUUGAUAUCCUCAAAGAAGGGACUGCGCUCCUUCAACGUCCCGAGCUUGCGGGCAUAGGUUCCCUAGGAGACCUCCGGACUUACUUCAGCAACCAAGAAACUUCAUUGACUGAUAUCCUUGUCGAGGAACUGCAUGACCACCUGUAUCUGAAGUCCCCAUACUGCUGUGACCGGUGGAAACCCUCGUCCGACAGAGAUGGUACGUCAACUAGUGCAAGUGGAACUUCUUGGGAGAACCCCCUUUAUCAAUAUUUUUCAUCUUUGGAUGCAACUACACACUUUGUGGAAGAUAUAUCUCGCAACCCAGAGACAGAUACGUUUUAUUACAUCCACCUUUUAUUGGAAGCACUUCAUAAGAUGGGAAACCUGGACGUUGUAGUUGAUAGGAUAGAGCAACGUCUUCCUGUCGAGCUGUACAGUGUUGUCGAUAAAACAGGCGCUGAGGUAAAUAACAGCCAUCCUAAUUUUCAAAAGGAUGCUCGAAAGCCCGGGCCAGGAGCGGUCCCCGAUUCCGCGUCAGAGCGAAGGCAUCUGUUGUCAGAAUUUCUGUGGAAUCUAUUUGCCAAGUUUGAGACAAUUGCGGAAGGUCAUCGACUCCUUUAUGAAGUUAUCAGUGGCAUUGUCAAACGAGACAAGCUUGCAAAUGAGGUUCACUUGACCAGCAGCUUCCAAGAGCUAUGGAAAUUAUAUCAGAGCGAGGUAUGUACGCCAUAUAUCAAAUCGGCAGUGGUAAUACUAAUGUCUACGCAGAUGCGAUCUCUACUUCAUGACUAUCUUUCCACAGAUGGAGCCGAGUCUUUUAGAGCCACGACCAGAGCAACGGAUAACGGCUACGCUCAAUCUUCUGUCAAGCGCGAUAAAACAAAGGUAUAA